AUGUCCACGGAUCCCACUGUGGUGGGUGUGCCCAAAGAUGAAGGGCCACCCGUCGCCGACACCAAACCGGACGGUUCCAACGCCCGACGUGCCUCCGGAACUGCCAGACGGUCGCGUCGCAAGAAGGAAGACGACCCCACCGAUUCUAAGCCUCCCAAGAAAGAUAAAGAUACCAAGGAAAAAGAGAAGCCUGCUCGAGCUCCGCGUCGACCUCGAGAAAAAUCUACAACCAACGCUGCCUCGCGCAAGAAGCCCAAGCUGGAGCAGACCGGUGAUGAAGCUGCAACGAGCGGUGCUGCUCCGGCAGACCCCCGAAGUGCUCCCCAGGUACCUGCAGAACCUACUCCUCAACCAGCUCCAUCGUCCUACCCACAGACCUCCCACCUUCCUCCCUCUACCGCCCCAGGAGCUGCGUAUCCCCUCUCCCACGCGUUUCCACCACGCCCGCACUCCCAACCUCCACCGCCGCAGCCACCCCCGAGGACCAGUGGACAAAACUUCGAUCCCAUCCGAUCUGCUUUCGGCACGGCAUCGCCGGCGCCGGCCUACAGCCCUCCCGCUCGCCCGUCGUCGCCGCGAAAUGGCUAUCGCGCCAGUGCGUCGCCUGCGAUCUCCAGUAUCAUUGAUCCGCCCGCCCAAGGCUUGCAACCGGUGUACACCCCUCUCCCGCGCUCUUCCUCUGGCCAUGUAUCUGCGGUCUCUUCACCGGCACCGCCUGCGAUAGUGCCCACACCGACACACCCAUCCUUAGCACCCUCGCCCCUGCCUGCGUCGCCCCCCCAUGGGACCGUCCACACUCCGCAACCGCUGCCGCCCUCCAGUCAUUAUACCCCCUUCACUCCCUCGGAGCAGCGACCGCCACCUCCCCAACCGCCUCAUGUCGAACCAUCUCCACAAGCAGUACAACCGCCCCAACCCCCGCAGCUUGAUCGUCCUGCCCAGGCUCUCCUGCCGCAGCGGGCGCCUCAACAACCGUCUGAUGCGAUGGAGGUCGACUCGACAGAGCAGUCAACGCCCUGCACCAAAAAAGAGAAAAACGCUGCCACUGCACCGUCGUCGAAAGCCCCAUCUCCCAAGCCUCCUCGCGCCACCAAGGAAGCUCCACCACUGCCCCAAGGGUCUGGCCUCAUAACCAACGCACUGUUUGGGAUGGACGAUUCCGCCAAGUCGCCUGAUUCGCGCAGCACACCGAACAUUGUUGUCCAUAUCCCUUUGCAAAAAGGCAACCAGAUUGUCAACUUUGCGCGCCUGGCGGAAGAACGAUAUGGGUUUGCCGCCUUGCAUCCACGUCUGGCUGCCCACAAAGAGCGCCUGGCCCGCGUGGCGGCCGCGGGGGCGGCAUUGGAGCGCAAUGACAAGGGUCCCAAGGGAAUCUCUGCUGGCGAAAGUGCCGAUGAAGAUUUGAGUCUCGAUGUCGAUCGCGAUAGCGAUAUGGAAGGUGACGUUACCAUGGCCGGCACAGGCACCGGUACCAAUGGUGCGCCUUCCGAGGCUAGUGAUGGGAAGCGAAAGCGGCGCAAGAAGGUCGAGGAAUAUGACCGCGAUGAUCCAUUUGUCGACGACAGUGAAAUGGCUUGGCAAGAGGGUGCCGCCGCAAGCAAAGAUGGCUUCUUUGUGUAUAGCGGACCGUUGGUGCCCGAGGGCGAGAAGGUCCAGGUGGAACGUGCCGAUGGAACAAUCAAGCGCGGCCGUGGCCGUGGCCGUGGAACAGGACGGGGAAGGUCCUUGGCUUCACACCCACAUGUCCCGAUUGCUGCCGCCGUGCCCAUCUCCCAGGACACUGGUCUGCCGCUUCGUGGACCGGGAUCGCGGGGUGGUACGUCGCGCCGGCCACGAACUACCAAGAAAGCUGAGCAGCAGGAUAAACAAGGCAACGAACGCAAUGGCACCACGGCGUCCGCAUCUCACGAAGGCCGCGGCGGCCGGGGCAGCAGUGGGGCGGGCAACGGGUCUGGCCGUGGUGGGAGCAAUGCCAGCACUCGGGGUGGGAAAUCGUCUGCAUCGUCUAUGAUGUCGAUGAUGGACUUAGCACCUGCGCCGUCAUCGAGUCCGAAUAUUGCUGCUGCGCCGCCGGGUCCCAGCCCGUCAGCCGGUGCCGAGCUGGUUAUGAAGUAA